AACUUUCUUUAACACUUUAGAACUUUUCAGCCACGUGGCCUUCUUUCAUUGGACAGUUAUUUUAAAUAAAUAAAAUUAUUAACUUUUGAAUUUUUAAAAACUUUACAUGGGUUAUCUUGAAUAUUAACUUGAUUUUCCUAAUGUGAAUUUUAUGGUAAAAUAGCAAAAAGGGUGAUAAUCGAAGACUCGAGUCAAAUGUCUGGUCUAGUCAAAGACGAUGAUGUGGCUGAGUAUACUACUCCACAAACUACGUAAAAGAAGUAAAGAAACUGUUUGACCAACAAAAAAAAAGAAACUAAAUGAUAAGUAAAUUAAAUAUGUUUUGCGAGUCCUUAUUCCUAAGAAUGGCAAUAACAUUACUCAGACAUUUAUUGUGCCUCUUUUGUUUAGGCAACACAGUAAACGAUGUUAUGAUAUGUUUUCAUAUUUAGCCAGAGACGUCAGGUUUCUUGAGUCUAAGGUCAUUUCUUUGCAUAAGAGGAAACUUUGUCACCUGAGUACAGAGCCGCCUACACUAGGAAAUUUGAAACAUUCCCUUCUGUUAAAAUUUUAUAGGGCAUAGUAUAUAGUUUGUCCGUAAACAAAACGUUAUUGAUUGAUUCAUAUUAAUUCUUUACUAUUAACUUAGAUGUUAAUAUGACAAGUUAAUCAUAUCCUAUUAUUUUACAGUUACAUCCUAAUAUGUUCAUCUUUUUUUUCAUCUUCUUUUCUUCUAUCAUAAAACUUUGUUUUUCUUCAUCUUUUAAAUUUUUAUCUAAUAUUUUUUUUAUCUUAUUUGUUUAUUAAUGUAUUUUACAAUUUUGAAAUAAAAGUUCUGUAUAUAAGACUUAUAUAUGUUUCAGUUUUAUAUUUAUCAGUUAAACAUGACAAUGAAAAAUCAUUCUACCCAAAUUUUAUUUCAAUUUUAAUUAAUUUUUAUAUAAGUUCAUCAUAAAACAAUUUGACUUAACAUAUUAUUUUUAUUCUGUUUAGGGCAUCAAAAAUUCUUCGCACGGCUCUGCCUGAGUAGUGUAAGUAAUGUGCACCAGCGGAACGAUGUUAAAGGGUUGUGAGGUUGAAGUGUGUUCUAAAAAGGAAGGGCUUGAAGUCGCUUGGUUCCGAGCUGUCUUAGAGGAGAACCCUACAAAAAAUCAACAGAACAAACUCCGUGUCCGCUACACGACUCGUCUAAACAACGACGGUUCCUCUCCCCUCACAGAAACUGUCGAGCAGAGAUCCAUCCGUUCGAUACCACCAAAGGAUCUUCAAAACAGCGUCGUUUUGGAGGAAGGUUCGGUGGUCGACGUGAAUCAUAAACAUGGGUGGUUGGUUGGUUUUAUCGUAAAGGAAAAAUCAGAGAGUGACAAGUUUUUGAUUUACUUGGAUUCACCACCGGACAUAUUCGAGUUUAAAAGAAACCAGUUGCGUGCUCAUCUUGACUGGACCGGUUCGAAAUGGAUCGUACCCGAAACCAAGGAACCGAAUAAGUCCAUGUUUCACCCCGGAGCAAUGGUGGAAGUCAGUUAUGUCGUCAGUGAUAAAAUGGAAUUUGCAUGGCUCCCAGCGUUGACGGUUUCAGUGGUUAAAGACGACGAUAAGAACAAAUUCCUUGUCAAGUACUUGAGUCAGAAGUUCAGCACCAGUGAUGAGCCAAUACAAAUACCGGUUGUUGAUGCACACCGUGUUAGACCCGCACCACCGCCUGCUUCUUCAACCGAAGAAUAUACGUUAUCGGAAACGGUAGAGGUGUGGCAUCGUCUUGCAUGGCAUCGAGGGUCAGUGAUGGGGAUUCGCUCUGAGAAUAUUUACUUUGUUAGUAUAGAGUUUACAAAAGAGGAACGUGAGUUUAAGCACUCGGAACUUCGACCCUUGAUGGUGUGGGAACAUGGGGUUUGGCGUAAAGGACCAAAGCAAAUGGCCGUAAAGGAGAAUACAAUUGGCACUUGUUCUGGUGCUAAGCCACUCACUAAAGCUAAUAAUGUGGCUGCCACUGGAGAAUCGAGUAAGAAGAAGGCUCAUGCUGUUAUGAAUGAUAAAACUCCUCAGGGCACAACCCCACCAGUAACAUCAACUGGAGAGUCUGUUUCACUUGUAACCCCAUCCCCAAUCAUAACUAUAACAUCACUGAUACAAACUAGAACUGGAGGAAAAAAAUCCUCUGAAAAUCCUCUUAAUAAAACUAGGAUUCAGAUUGGCUUGACAAAUGAUCCCACUCGAAGGAAGAUGCCUAAGGAGAAGAAUAUCGAAGCUACUAGUAGCAAAAGGCAAAGAGAACAAGUAGUACAACACUCGCACCUGAAUAAAACUGAUGGUGAUGUUGAUGCUCAGCCUUUCUUUACUUGGAUAGGAAAUGUAUAUGCUACUUUGGAAGAUAGGAUUAGGCAAAGCCUACAAAAGGGAAAACUUGUAAAGGAAACUCCAAAGAAACCAAUAAGGCGCUCUUCUUUUGGUGAUAAGCCUAUGAAUCCACAUGACAAUGGCCAGAUACUCACUCGAGCUGCCAACGGAGGAUUGAAAAAUAAGAGGGCUAAUUCUAUGGUGAAUGAUAAAGCUCCUCGGGUCAUAACAUCAAUAGCUGGGACUAGCAAUGGUUCAAAUGUUGUACAGCCUCUCUCUGCUUGGAUAAUGGGUUUGCCUUUUGCAAAGACGUUACCAUUUUGGAAGACGUAUGAAUCAGCCGGUUUCGAAUGUUUUCCACAACGACCUCACUUCAUCCCAUUGCGUAAAGAUAAAGAGAAUCUCCGUGAGUUGUCGGCGGUUGGUAUGAUAGUCACCUUUUACGGGUUACUAGACGAAGUAAAAGCUCUGAAGCUGGAUGAUCCCAUGAGCAAGCUCAAGGAUCUCAGUGUGAAAUUUGCCACACUAGAAAAGCAUGGUUUCAACAUUAAAUCUCCUCAAGGUAUAAUAAACAAAUUGUUGUCUCUUAAAGACGUGCGAGCUAAGAAAGUUGAGAAACAACAACGUUUUGAGAACAACAUUGAAAAAGAAGAAAUAGAAAGUCGCAAGUUACAAUAUAAGAGGGCUGGGCUGAAGCGCAAGAUAUGUGAGCUGCAGACACAAUCUGAAGUUGCGAAAGUGAAGAUGGAAGCCGCUGAGGAAAAUAUAGCAGCUAUGAAGUCACAUACGAAAAAGAUUGGUCGAGAAAUUGAAAAUGUGGCGCUUGAGUUUCAAAAAGUUGUAUCCGCUUCAUGGUAAUUAGUUAAUACUAACAUCUCCUUCCUUUGGUAAAUGAAACUAAAAGAGUUGUCUGUGAUUGUUGGAUAUUAUGUUUGGGUGUUUAAGGUUAACUACUCUUUGUCGAUGAUGCUGUUUUGUUUAAUUUUAUAAGUCAUUUCACUGCAAGAAAACAUAGUCAUUUCUGACGGAAUUUCUGACGGAAUAAAUAUUCGUCGGACAUUUCUGACAAAAUUCUGACGGAUUUACGAGAAAUAUGAAAAUUUACCAUUCGUCGGUAUUUCGUCGGAAAUAUCCUAGGAAUUUCCGAUGAAAUAUCAUUCGUCAUAAAUAAUCGAUAAAAUACCGACGAGCCCCAAGGAAGAUUAAACUAUUUAGGGUAUAGAUUUGGGGUUUAUGCUUUCAUCGGAAAUUCAUCAGAAAUUUCUGACGAAAUUCCGACGAAAUGAAAAAAUUCCGUAGGAAAUUCGUCAAAAUGUUCCGACAAAUUUUUGACGAAACUAUUCCUAGGAAAUUCCCAACGAACUUCCAACGGAUUGCAUAACAU